AUGCCCUUUUCCCGCCGUCCCAAACACAAAGACCAGACCCGAGCGGUCUCGGUCGCAGACAACGACAUCAACUCUACCACCGCUGUUGCCGCCGACAAUACCGACAUCGCGAACCACGACGACAACGCUGGCGACGAGAAGAAGGAGGCCGCCAAGAGCGCUUCACUCGACAACGGACGCGCGAAGCAACACACCGACGCCGACGCCGACGCCCCGAUGCCGAACCACGCCCCGCCCGGCUCCGGCUUUGGGAAACUCGGCGACGAUGACUACGACGUUCGCGAUGUCGACUCGUCGGCGUCGCGUGACAUCCCCGCCGCCGGCGCGCCCCGCGGCCUCGGUGCCGCCGACGACAAUAGCAGCGUCCUCGAGGGGUCCACGAUCGAGUACCGCACCUACAAGCGCCGCUGGUUCGGUCUGGCCCAGUUGACUCUGCUCAACAUCAUCGUGUCCUGGGAUUGGCUCACGUUCGCUCCCGUCGCCUCCAAUGCCGCCGCCUACUACAACGUCUCCGAGUCCGCCAUCAACUGGCUCUCGACCGCCUUCCUCUUCGCCUUCGUCGCCAUCUUCCCCGUCACGAUCCGCAUCCUCCACUACGGGCCCAAGCCCUCCUUCAUGACGGCCGCCGCCCUGCUCCUCAUCGGCAAUUGGGUCCGCUACGGCGGCUCUCAUGCCCGCUCCGGCGGCAGCUACCCCGUCGUCAUGUUCGGCCAGAUCCUCACGGGGCUCGCCCAACCCUUCGUCCUGGCUGCCCCGACGAGGUACUCGGACCUGUGGUUCACCAACCGCGGCCGCGUCGCCGCCACGGCCCUGACCUCGCUCGCGAACCCGCUCGGUGCCGCCCUCGGCCAGCUCAUCGUCCCCUUCUGGGUCACCUCCCCCGCCGACGUCUCCUCGGGCGUUCUCUACGUCUCCAUCAUUGCCACCGUCGCCUGCCUGCCCGCCUUCUUCAUCCCCGCCCGCCCGCCGACCCCCGUCGCGCUCUCGUCGCGCACCCUCAAGCUCGGCAUCCGCGAGUCCUUCUCCAUCGUCUCGCGCUCCCUCGAGCUGUGGCUCAUCCUCAUCCCCUAUGCCCUGUAUGUCGGGUUCUUCAACUCCAUCUCGUCCCUGCUGAACCAGAUGAUGAUCCCCUACGGCUUCUCUGACGAGGAGGCCGGCAUCGCCGGAGCCCUGCUCAUUGUCGUUGGCCUCGUCGCCUCUGCCAUCACCUCGCCCAUCCUUGAUCGCACCAAGAAGUUCCUGCUGGCCAUCAAGGUCGCCGUCCCCAUCAUCGGCCUGUGCUACCUCGCCUUCAUCUGGAUGCCCGAGACCCGCAGCAUCGCGGGACCCUACGUCGUCCUCGCCGUACUCGGCGCUGCUUCUUUUUCGCUCGUGCCCGUCGCCCUGGAGCUGCUCAUCGAGCUGAGCCACCCCGUCAGUCCCGAAGUCACGAGCACCAUCGCCUGGGCGGGAGGGCAGCUGCUCGGCGCCCUGUUCAUCAUCAUCUCGGACGCCCUGCAGGCCGGCGACGCCGCGGACCCGCCCAGGAACAUGAAGAACGCCCUCGUCUUCCAGGCCGUCGUCGCCGUCGUCAUCGUGCCGCUGCCGCUGUUCCUCGGUAUGUUUGGCCGCGGCGACAAGGUCAGCCUCCGGCGUGUCAGGUCCGACGAGGAGGGGGUCCGGCAGACGAGCUCGUAA